GGGCUCUUUGACGAGGAGGUACGGUUUGUUCUGAACAGCGAAGCUCCAACUACAAUAUUAUCCGAGGAAGUGGGUCAACGUAGCAAGCUGCUGGGGAUGUAGUCACACGAUUUUGUGAAUUUAAAACCAUUACAGACAGCUUGGAACAGCGGUGAAACCGGUUGGAUAGCUUACGUUACCGAGCAAACAGGGCAACUUGCUUCUUUGUCAGUUAAACUACGUGGAUAACGUUAACAACAAGGGGGGAAAAUGUCAGGAGAGCCAAUUCUCGUAACACUGGAAACGGGCACGGAGGCCCCGAGUUCAUUCCCGGUGGUUUUGAAGAAGAUAAUGGAAAUGCCUCCUCCUAAUAUACUGGACGGCGACGACGACACCGAUAAGGAAAAGCUGUGUCUGGGAGAUAAUGUUGACCUGGGCGGGGGAGGUAGCGAUAUGGGUCCUUCAGCCGCCCUGACCCCCGCUAUCUGGGAGAAAACCAUUCCCUAUGACGGUGAAAACUUCCACCUGGAGUACAUGGACCUUGAGGAGUUCCUCAUGGAGAACGGCAUCCCCACGUUGUCUGGCGAGGACUCCCUAAAGGGCAGUCCAGAAAGAAACACCACGAAGACAGAGAAACUAAAGGCUACCCCGUCUGCACAGAUAAAGUCUACCAAGCUAACAAGUGUGUCUCCACUGGCCCUGCUGCCCAUUCAGGAAUUGGACAAGUGUGAGGAGGAAGUGGUGAUUAUCACCAAGGGUGACUCUAUCAUCUGUGAUGUUACUGCAGAGGUGACCACUGAACAGGACAGAGUGACCCCCGAGCCCAUCAGCCCUGAUGAUAUUGAGGUUGAUGUCAACUACGAACCAGAUCCCACUGACCUGGUCCUGUCAAGUGUGCCUGGAGGCGAGCUGUUUGACCCCCGCAAACACAAGUUCUCUGAAGAUGAGCUUAAGCCACAACCUAUGAUCAAAAAGGCCAAGAAGGUGUUUGUGCCCGAAGAACAGAAGGAUGACAAAUACUGGCAGAGAAGGAAGAAGAACAACGUGGCCGCAAAACGCUCGCGUGACGCCCGCAGGUUAAAGGAGAACCAGAUCACCGUCCGAGCAGCUUUCCUUGAGCGCGAGAACGCAGCGCUGCGGUCAGAGGUCGCCGAGCUACGGAAGGAGUGUGGCCGCUACAAGAACAUUGCGGGUUGCUACGAAACCAAAUUUGGACCACUUGAGGUGCCAGAAGACCAAUAGACAAUUCAUUUAUUCAUCAUUUAUACUAUGUGGAAGAUUAUGUGAAGAGCUGGGCAUUUCUUUGCCCACAAAGUCUUUUGACUGUGACAUUUCCAAUAAUUUAAGCUUCUUCAGGGGAUUACAAUGACAUGGCAAAAAAGUGCAGCCAUGUUCACUUCUCUUCAUGUACCAGUACUCAUUACCAGCAACAGAGCUGUACAUACACGCUCUGCCCUCCAUGUUUGAAUGUAUGUCUCACUGUCGCUCUUGUGCCGUUAUUGUCACUUAGUAGGAUGCCUACUUUGCUCUCUGCAGGUCGUCAAUGUUGACUCGUCCAUUCACGUCAGAAGUGUCGUGUGUAGAAUCCAUUGAUGCAUUAACUGUAAAUAGUUGUAUACUAAAAUACUUUCUAGACUUUGACUCUGAUACAGUGCAAGUCAAGUUUUUGAACAACUGGAUUUGGAUUUGGGUAGUAUCAAGCAAUGAAAUUGUACAUUUACUGUAAAUAAUGUAAGUAAAUGUAAAUCUCUCCGUGAUGAGCUGACAUUUGCCUCCAAGAUGUGUGUUUUAAUGUCUCAGAAUGUGUGUUUAAGGCAGGCUGUUGGAUGCUAACAGGACUUAAAUUAGUGCCUUAUUAAAGGCAGCUGGAGGUAAAAUGUUGACUUGUUAAGCCUAAAAAAAAACCCCAUACAGUGCUAUCAAUAUGGAGCAUGUUGUCUGCUAAUUACAGUAAUCGAGCUCAUAUUAUUCACAGUAUAGUGCUUGAUAUGAACAAUCACAAAACUAGGUAUUCAAAAACUUUUGACUUGGGGUGUAUGCACAUUUAGAGUGUAUCAACUGACAAGUUUUUAGGCUGUGCUGGUGAACACUAUUAUUAGACUUUAUCACCCAACUUUUCAAGCCAUUUCAAUGCAGUUUACAGGGGGGGGCAUAUUGUGUAACGUAACAUCCCAAAUUAGAGUUGUGACUUAAACCCAGGAUUAUUUUACUGUCCAAUUCUGACAAAGGUGGACAGCUGUUUUUCUUUUGCUGCUGUGCUUCCAUCCAUACACAUAGUGACUUUUUUUUUUUUUUUUUUAACCAAAAUAAACUCAGUAUUUUUUUGGGAGCGGGUUUCCAUGUGUGAAUGUUAUUCAAGGAGAAAAUACUCUUCUCAAAUAAAGUUUAAACUUUUAACAUCACAACCUGCAUUAAAUAGUUUUGUCUGCUCUUACAUCAUGCUUUUGUUAACAUUAACAGACAAGUGCGUUUGUUUUUUUGUUUUUUAAGUAAAGCAAAGUCAGGUUUGCUACAUUUGUCCACAGUGAUCUUUGUGGAAACAGUUUUACUCUCGGCAUCACUGAUGUCAGUCAGAAUGAGUCACAUUCUCCAUCAUAAGGUCUCUGAAAUGUAAUAUUUAGUAUAAUUUUGACAUGAAUGAUAAUGAGAUUCUGGACUCAUUUUAAGAAUUUUUUAAUGCUUUCUGCUAUAAUAGAUUGCAUCUGCCUUCUAUCUGGAACAGGUCAAUUUGUUAACUUUGAGGGGUUUGUUUUUUAACCUUCCUGGUUCGGUCUUUGUAUUUCUUUGUAAAGAAACGUCUUGGCAUUUUGAGUGUCUCUUGUAUAUACAGUAUGUUAAAAUAAAGCCUUGUUGAGAAAGUC